AGAGCCACUUCCUUUUUUUCGGGGCAAAAUGGCGGGUGACGAGGUUGGAGUGAUCGUGGGGCAGCCGCAUCUUUCUCUGCAGAAUCUUGCUACCUUGGACGUUACCAAAUUGACUCCGCUUUCACAUGAAGUUAUCAGCCGACAAGCCACAAUCAAUAUAGGAACAAUUGGUCAUGUUGCUCAUGGGAAAUCCACAGUUGUAAAAGCUAUUUCUGGUGUUCACACUGUGAGGUUCAAAAAUGAACUGGAAAGGAAUAUUACCAUCAAGCUUGGAUAUGCUAAUGCCAAGAUUUAUAAACUUGAUGACUCAAAUUGUCUUCGACCAGAAUGUUACAGAUCUUGUGGAAGUAGUACACCUGAUGAGUUUCCUACAGACAUCCCAGGGACCAAAGGGAACUUCAAACUAGUCAGGCAUGUUUCCUUUGUUGACUGUCCUGGUCAUGAUAUUUUGAUGGCUACUAUGCUGAAUGGUGCAGCAGUGAUGGAUGCAGCUCUUCUGUUGAUAGCUGGUAAUGAAUCUUGUCCUCAACCUCAGACUUCGGAACACCUAGCUGCCAUAGAAAUUAUGAAGCUGAAGCAUAUUUUGAUUCUGCAAAAUAAAAUUGAUUUGGUGAAAGAAAGUCAGGCUAAAGAACAAUGUGAACAGAUCCUUGCAUUUAUUCAAGGUACAGUAGCUGAAGGAGCUCCUAUUAUUCCAAUUUCUGCUCAGCUGAAAUAUAAUAUUGAAGUUGUCUGUGAGUAUAUAGUAAAGAAAAUUCCAGUACCUCCAAGAGACUUUACCUCAGACCCUCGACUUAUUGUAAUUAGGUCUUUUGAUGUUAAUAAACCUGGCUGUGAGGUUGAUGACCUUAAAGGGGGUGUAGCUGGUGGUAGUAUUUUAAAAGGAGUGUUAAAGGUGGGUCAGGAGAUAGAAGUCAGACCUGGUAUUGUUUCCAAGGAUAGCGAAGGAAAACUCAUGUGUAAGCCAAUCUUUUCCAAAAUUGUGUCACUUUUUGCAGAACACAAUGAUCUUCAGUAUGCUGCUCCAGGGGGUCUUAUUGGAGUUGGAACCAAAAUUGACCCAACCUUGUGCCGAGCUGACAGAAUGGUGGGUCAGGUACUUGGUGCAGUUGGAGCAUUACCUGAGAUAUUCACAGAACUGGAAAUUUCCUACUUUCUACUUAGACGGCUACUAGGUGUACGUACGGAAGGAGACAAAAAAGCAGCAAAGGUACAGAAGCUAUCCAGGAAUGAAGUGCUUAUGGUGAACAUAGGAUCUCUGUCUACAGGAGGAAGAGUUAGUGCAGUCAAGGCUGAUUUGGGUAAAAUAGUUCUCACUAAUCCUGUGUGCACAGAAGUAGGAGAAAAAAUUGCCCUUAGCCGAAGAGUUGAGAAACACUGGCGUUUAAUUGGUUGGGGUCAAAUAAGAAGAGGAGUGACCAUCAAGCCAACAAUAGAUGAUGAAUGAAGAAUCACAGUUUUAAUAAUACAGUUUGAUGAAUUAAGAAUUUUCUAAACAACAUAGGGGUACAUUUUAAAGCAAAACUAGUAAAUUAAUUUCACAUCUCAUUAGCUUAAAAGCUGUCAGUUUAUUUUCAUUAUUGUUAGGAAAUCUUAAUGUGUGCCAUUUAAAUAGCAGGGUCUCUAAUUAAUAUAAAAAUUGGCAUGUUAAUGGACUUAAUCUACAUUUUAGUAGAUGUUGAUUAUUGCUAAACAUUUUAGGUUUAUAUAUUAAUACAGCUUUGAAAUGAAAUUGGUAAUUACAACCAGGUUUUCCUGUAUCGUGUCAGUAAACUUGAAAUAAAGUUUUUCUUCUUAAUUUCUCAUGAUUCAUUUUUGAAUAUAACCAGGAUUCAAGGACUGUUGCAUCAGUAAAAAUUUAAAAAGACAAGUGUCCUUGAAGGCUGACUCCAUUUUUAUCUCCAUUAGAUUUGCUUUAUCUUUAAAUUUUAAGAUGAAAUGAAAAUUAAUUCUUUCAAAUAAAAUUGACCCUUUGAGCAUGAGAUCUUAUUUACAUUGGCAAAGCUUUCUGGAACUCCCCUCUGACUGUUUUAAGGAAACUGAAGACAGCUCUAUUCAUUUUCUUUCUUGAUGCCCUGUACUUAUUUUUUAUUCAUUACUACUAAACCCUAGCUGUUCUUCCCUGUUGGAAAUACUAUUACACCAAAAGCUUCUACAUAAUAAGUUUAUAUGUAACCAUAAUAUAAAAUGUCAUAAUCAUACUAACUUGAUAUGCUUAGAAUGUUUGUGCUAAUAAGAAGGAUUUUUUUUUUUUUUUUUUUUUUUUUUUUGGUAUAACCUUUUUAAAUUAAUGAAGUUUGGGGAAAAGGGGGCAUAAAGAAGGCACAAUGUUGAUAUUUUAAAUAUUCCAAGUGUGCUGUUAAUUCCAUUUUUUAACUUAAAAGUUCAUUGGUUGGCCAACCAGUCUAUAAUAACUACUUAGAAAACUUGUGCUUGUGAUAUUGUAGACAUAAUGGGUUACAGAAAUAUUUUGCAGUAUUGAUUAUAUUAUGAAAAGAAGUCUUAAGGACAAUAGAAAAGUGCAUUCGAAUUCUUUUUCAUAUGAUUUCACUGACUUUAUAGCUAUAGGAGUCUUUGCAUAAAACUCAUAGUAAGAAUUCUUUUAAAAUGGGCAUGGUGGUACAUUACUGUAAACCCAGCAACUCAGUAGUCUGCAGCGACAUGAUCACAAGUUUGAGGCCUUGUCUUAAAACAAAAAAACAAAAACUUGAUAAAAAAGAGCUAGGGAUAUACUCAGUGGUAGAAUUUUCCCUGGUUUCAAUUCACUGUACUACUUACACACACAAAACACCAUACAGAGAAUUCUUAUCAUUGAAUCAUUUUAUGAUGUACAAUUGCAUCAAAGCCUCAUAUUUUAUACCACAAAUAUAGUUUUCACUUAUCAAUUAUACUUUAAUAAAUAACUCAUAUAAUCCAAUCUCCCCCAAAAUACUAUCACUGCUGUUAAAUAAACUGAGUAUUUUUAUGUUUGGCACUGAGUUAUCUAUGUAUAGUAAUUUGUCCCAAAAACCCAGCAGGUGAGGCAUAAUUUCCUACAUAUACUCUGAAGAAACUGAGACACAAAUAAGAAAGGAAGUUUGCUCCACCUCAUUAAUAAGAGAGCUAUAAUUCAAACCUAGGCAAUCAGCUUUAACCAUAAAGUUAACAUUUUUCCUAAAAAUACAUAGAUCUAGAUUUUUGUACUGCUGAACCACCUUUCUUUUUUUUUUUCCUGCAGAGUUUUAUUAUUGAGCAUAUUCCUUUAUGAUGGAGGUGUAAUCUGUAUUUUUUUUUUUUAUUGUCUCAGUCUUUAGAUACCUUGAGAGUAAGUAAAAAUAAACUGGCACACUGUCUUUUCAUGAAGUAAAUGUCUAUGUAAUACUGUUUUGGGUUAGUAUUAAUUUAUCUGCUGUGACUAUAGCUGUACUAGCCCAAUUUUAGUUAGCAUCUCCCUAAUGCUGAAAGUAUGUAUAGUUUUUUUCAUUCUUCGGCCUUUUACAAUCAGUGUUAUGUAACUUCUAUAGCAUAUCAGGCUUAUAAUUUCUUUCUUUCUUUUUUUUGGGGGGGGGGUGUGCUAGGUAUUGAACCCAGUGUCUUGUCCAUACGAGGCAAGGUACUCUUCUUAUGAUUUCUUAUUUCUGCAGAAGAUGAGAGAAAAUAUACGUUCAUGUAUGCCUGUGAUGUAAUGGAUAAAAAACAUUUUGUGAAGUUUUGUUUCAGCAUAAUUGGGGAAAACCUGUGAUGUAUUAUUGGUUCCUUACCAACAAUCUGCUUACAGAUUUGCCGCCAUGUUUUGUACCAUAUUUCAUGUAGGAUUUGGACUAAAAAAACUCAUUUUUUCCCAAUAUUAUUAAUUAAUGUUUUUAUUUAUUUAUUUUUUUAGAUUUCAGUGAACUCAUGAGGUGAACAGGUAGAACUUUUAAAAUAUCCCUCUACAUCUCAUUACAAUUUUUUUUAAAAAAACUUAUUUCUGGGGUUUGGUGUGUAGUUUAGUGAUAAAUGCUAAUCUAGUAUGUGUAGUGCCCAGAUUCCAUCCCCAGUACUGCAACACCAACAAAAAUAUGUUUUAAAGACUCAUAGAAAUGAGAUUUAAAAGAGUCCAGAAGAUAAAAUUAUUCUGUGAUUGCUUAUGACCAGAUUGUGUUUCAAGUCUUAAGGAAUGGUGUGAUUUGGAAGAAAGUAAUGUUAAAAUAUAGGCAUUUUUUAAAUUCUAUUUAUUCCUUUUGCAAAUGGUGAAAACUAUGGUUUGGAAGGUAAUUCCUUUUCAUCAUUAGUGACCAACUUCUGGUAUAGGAAUAACCAAUGUUUAAGACUGAAGUAGAAGUAAGCAAAGUAGCUGAAGCCAAAAAAUGACUGCCGUUUAACUCAGAAGUGAAAAAUAAAUAACAGGUAAAGAAUAUCACUAUCGAUAAUAUUGGUGAUGGUAAAGAAUUAUUUGAAGGGCUGGGGUUAUAGCUCAAUUGGUAGAGUGCUUGCCUUGCAAGCACAAGGCCCUGGGUUCAAUCCCUACUACUGCAAAAAAAAAAAAAAAAAAAAAAAGGAAUCAUUUGAUUCUUAGUUUGUAAAAUAAUAUUUUACCAAAUAAGACCAUGUGUUUAAACAUUGUAAACACAUAAAUCUCAAAGUGCUAUAGAUUUUAGAUCUGGGAAGUAUAACUAUAGAGAUGAGAAAUAUUUAACCUUCCUCUGUCCACACUAAGGAACUACAAUUUAAAAAAUGCUUGUUCAUAUGCUAUGUGUACCUAAAAUCUAGUUAAUAUUUCUGCUCUUUUUAACAAACCUAACUACAAGACAGCUGUAUCCAAAACUAUGGUUUGUAAAAACGUGUUAAUUUUUCUUAAGUUGUCCAAAGAAUGGAAUCUUACAAAUAUCUUCUGCCUAAAAUACACAUUUAGUAAAUGGAAGACUAAAUCUACACAUAGUAUUUCAAGUACAUUUUCCCUCCUGCUGUCUUCAAAGAAUUGGUUCUGGUAUACACACCCCUGACAUACACAUAGAGAUAACAAAAUGUGAUAAUGUUCACUUAUGCAAUAUAGCAUACAGUUUAUAUACAGCCAGUGUACACACUCCUUUGUACUUUUAAAUCUUCUCUUGAUUACAUAAUACAAUGGAAAUGCUUAUAGUCAUUAUUGCUGUAUUUAGAGAAUAAUGACCAAAAUAAAUCUGUGUUCAGUAGAUAUGUAAUUUCUUUUUAAAGUGUCUACAAUCUUGGUUCAGUUUGGAUGCAGAAACCAAAAAUACAAGUCGGCCUUCUCAUUAGUGAGGAGGUAGCCCAUGCCUGUAGUGGGCUAGGAGACUGAGGUAGAAGUAUCACAAGUUCAAAGCCAGCCUCAGCAAUUUAGCAAGAGGCUGUCUCAAAAAAUAAAAAGUUUUGAGGAUGUAGCUCAGUGGUUAGGUGCCCCUGGGUUCAAUCCCUUGUAACAAACAAACCCAAAAUGACCAAAAAUACAGAGUUAAAUAUUGGAAGAAAUGGAUCAGUAAUAAUGUUGGUAAAUUAAAUGAAUUUAAAUUAGGUUUGCUUUCUUGCUAUUUUGAAUUUUUAAUCUACCAUGAUUUUUUAAAAUUAAUUUUGAUUCUUUUUAAUGUUAUAGCAUUUUAUUCCUGGAAUAAACCUCAAUGCAUAUCA